AUGAAACGUGCACGUCAAGGCCCCGAAGCAAAACCUGUAGAAGAACAUGAUAGUGGAUUUGUGGGUCCUAUGACAUUGUUUGAUACUUUCCCGCAUAAUGAUACGUUUCAUGAAACACGUAAUUUAUCGAUAAUAGCAUCACCUGUUAACAAUAGGGCUGAAAUCUAUACAUUUAUGCAUAAUCGUCAGGAGUAUGGGGUGUUAGACACACAAGAUGCCAAGCUAAAAGCAAAAUUAUGUCUACACACUACUGGUACUGCCCCGGCUGCUGAUCGAGUGAUUAGUGUAAAUAUGGGACCAUUGAAAUUUGGUUGCAAACAAAAGAGUUUUACCUAA